AUGUCUCGGUCGAGUCGGGCGCUCGUCCUGCUGGUGUUGGCCCUCAACCUCUAUGGCUCUUUGGCUUUCCACUGGCCAUUCACACACACUGACGACGAAGCUGCAAGUGCGGCGUCUGGAACACCCGAAAGCUCCAACUCUGCGGUCGUCCACUCGUCGCCUGCAGUGACCGAAGACAAAUCCCUAGACACGAUAGUCGCGUCUGCUGGCAAGCUCAAGCUCGACGCCAGUGGCAGGGGCUCUUUUAUUGAUACCACGUCAAUCAAAGAGAGUGUCCCGUUGGUCAAGGCGACCACUGCCCGUAGUGACGUCGUCCCUACGUACCGCAAUUGGGUCGGCCCGCGUCCCAUCUCCCCCGACGCUGCGUGCUACCGUGAAGCCCAUAUCAUGGACACGUGCCCUACAAACUUCGAUCGCAACGAAGCGACCAACACCUGCUGGGCUGAGUGUCCACUCCCUUAUCCCGUUGAGUGUGGCAUGGAAUGCAUUCGUCAGGGAGAUGACUGUACGAUGGAAGUGCUCAAUAAAGCCGGAGCAGUGGUAGGCUCAGCGCUGGCCAUCGCUUCCGUCGGAACUUUCACGAAAUUGUGGACCUUCCCGAAACUAGUGGUUCGGUCUUUCGACUGCAUCAAUAUGAUGAUCGGGUCAAUGCGAGCGGUCAUUCGUUACGUGCGCAAUAUCAAGACAACGGACCCCACGGCGUCGACGGACAAGAUCCUCAACAUCUUGUACCAAUCGAACAACGUUGUCACCGAUAUACCGAUGGCUAUCACCUUUUGCAUGGGCUUGCCGUUUUCCAGACCGUUGGAUAUUGCUGGUCGCGUGCUCACGUCCAUGAACUGGAUCCUGUUGAACGCCAUUGCUUACAAGGACGACAUUAUCUCGAGCUGGAGCAAAUUCAGGGCCUUCUUGAUUGGUGCCAACUUCAGCGAAGCAGUCAAUAGUAUCAAUCACACGGAGAUUGGCACGCUCAGUGACGCGCUCAAGUCUAGGUCGACCUGCGGCUAUGAUCUGCGUGCGCUGACGGACCGUACUUGGAAUACUGUAAACCAGCUUCGAGCAGACCACCCAGGCAUUUCAGAGGACAAUCUGCGCUUGAUGAUGCAGAACACACCGCUCGUGACUUCGGACAUUGCUAUCACCACGAACAAUUGUAUGGAUCAGCUGAUUGCCGAGUCGGAUGAAGCCAUAGCGUACCGAACGCGGGAGAAGAUUCGCUUGGCUUUCAGUGUCAUGAUCAACCAGCUCGUGUCAACAGGCAAGAGUAAUAAUGGCACGAGCGAGGACACGCGGGAGUUCAUGUACCUCAUGAUGAGCAAGACGUUCAUUUCAGUUGCUGUCACGGGCACUGAUCUCAUUGGUAUCAUGGGUCUGUUCGUCACGUACAUGCAGACGAUCUGUGGUCCAACGAAAUUCAUUGGCGAGAUUGACGAUGGCACGGACCCCAAGACGCUGGGUUUCACGAUGCUCGAAAAAGCGUUCAAGGAAAGUACCAUGUCCUGGACGCGCAAGGGAGAUGGCGCCGUCAUUGUCAACUUCAAGAGCGCCGACACGAAGAACGUCACGGUGAACAUCCGGUCGGGAGGUGACAAGAUCGAUGAAGUCGACGUCGCUGCCGGGGGGAGUGCCCGAUGGAUGUCCAACGUUACCGCUCUAGCUGGCAGGACACUGUACUUUGAUCGCUGGCGACCUGGAUUCCUGGGUCUGCCUAGUACAGGUGGUGGCUCCUUGCUUUUAUGGAUACCCCACGCCUCCGAAGGCGGUCAUCUGGAGGUGCAAGCGAUGCUCAAUGCGAGCUAG